AUGAGCGAAGAUUCAUUCUUUUACGAAAAAGAUCCUUUUAAAUCCCGCAAGAUACUUGCUGUGAUUGGUUGCAUGCUCUGCCAAUUUGUUUUCGGUACUGUCAACAUCUGGGGAAACAUUUAGGUCUAUGUUUGUUCAUAUUUAAGACUAUACGAACCUAGGCUAGAAGUAGAUGAAAUAUUCAUUAUAUCUCCUAUUCAAGCUUUUGCGGUUACACUUGGAAACAUUAUUGGGACAAGACUGAUAUCUAACUAUCACCCUAGAACGUGGAAUUGGACUAGGAAUGAAUGUUGGAAAUGUUUCCCACUUAAUAAAGGACUAGUAACCAGUCUGAUUAUGUGCUUCAAUGGAAUAGGGACAAUUUCAGCUGCAGUUAUCUCAACUUUCAUAGUCAAUCCUAAUAACGCUUUUCCAGAAAUCGAAAGUAUGAAAGGUGGUAUUAAAUAUAACUACUAUGGAAGGGACGUUGCAGAUAAUGUUCCAGAUUUGUUUAGAUACUUUGCUAUAGCUGAGUUCAUCGUUUUAAUAUUUGCGCUUUCAUUUAUUUGGAUACCUCCUUACAAUUUAUAGUCUGAAGAUGAGAUAUUAAUGCCAUGGAAUGUCGAGCAAUCAUAGGGAGAAAAAGUGAAGUGUGCAGUUAAUUCAAAAAAUUUCAUUAUGAGUUAUGCAAUGAUGUUUUUAGCCGUACUCUACUUUCAAUACAUAACCAUCAUAUUCAAGCCUUUUGGAGAAUUUAUGGGUCACAAUGAUCAGUAUUUGACCUUCGCAUCAUCUCUCGGCAUGGUAUUUAACUGCCUUUCUAGACUUACUGGAGGGAUCAUUCUUGAUAAAGUGAAUUUCAAGAGUUUCUUUGGAUUUGUUCUUGCGUUAUCAACUAUUUUACCUUUGACAUAUAGUUUUGUAGCAAAAUCAGACUACUUAUUUGCUCUUUACCUAUGCCUCUCAUACUAUGUUGCAGGCUCAAUCUUCGUUUCAAUGCCUAUAUACUAUGCCAGAAUAUUUGGCCCAGAAGUUGGAUCAUAAACAUACGCUUUCUUUUUCACAUCAAAUGCUAUUGCCACCUUAUUAUUCUCAUUUAUUGUUAGUAAUCUGUCAGGAGUACUUGGAUAUUCAGGAAUGCUGCAAUUUACAGGAGUUACAUCCGGUAUAUCAUUUCUGCUUUUGCUCUUACUACCUAAUGAGCCUAUGAUCUUUAAAAAGAACUGUCUUCUAUAUUCGCCAGUUGUUGAACGAGGACCAAUGUUUUAAGAGUGCCAUGGUGAUUUCGCAUAGGCUUCAAUUAUUUUUAGAAAAGAGUCUAUUAUAAAGAGAACAGAUACUAUUAGAAGGUAGAUCUCUUCAAUCUCUUUCUCAGUGAGCGAACUUCAUAUUAAGAAGCAUCUAAGGACUCAUUCAAUUAAAAGAGAUGGAUUUAGUGAUUUUUGA